CGGCUCUAGGAGCGAGCGAUCCGCACUGACAGCCCCGAGCCGCAGACAUGCCUAAAGGCUUCCUAGUAAAGAGAAGCAAAAAGUCCCCUCCGGUGUCCUACCGAGUGCGGGAUGAAGACGAGGACCGAGUGCAUGCCAUCCCCCCGGCAUGGAUGGUGUACGCCAUGUCCGAUCACAGGCCGGCUCCGUACAUCACCGGAGGAUGCCUUCCCCCUACCAGCCCCGACCGAGCUGCCCCAGCUCCCCCCUGCAGCCCCCGGCCGCCCCCUGCAGGUCAGUUCGGGAACCCGGAGUCGGUGCAGCAGGCGCUGUCCAGCCCGACCCGCCCGGUGAGCAGAGACUACCUAGAUCGGAGCUUCAGCCUGGGGUCCCCGGUGUCCGCCGAGUCUUUCCCGACCCUGGUCACCUCCAUGGAGCCGCUGCUGUACCCCGGGGCCGGUGAUCAGAAGAUGCCAUCCUCCUCCUCCGGGAUCCCCCCGAUGAAGAGGUCCGGUCACCCCAAGCCGCCCGCCGCCAAGAAGAUCAAAGCCAUCCGUAAGCUGACCUUCGAGGACGAAGUGACCACAUCCCCGGUGCUGGGGCUGAGGAUCAAGGAGGGUCCGGUGGAGCCCCCCCGGCCGCGGGCACCGAGCUCCGGGCACAAGCCGCUGGGGGAGUUCAUCUGCCAGCUGUGUAAGGAGGAGUACAGUGACCCGUUCUCCCUGGCCCAGCACAAGUGUUCCCGCAUCGUACGGGUGGAGUACCGAUGCCCCGAAUGUGAUAAAGUCUUCAGCUGCCCCGCCAACCUGGCAUCCCACCGCCGCUGGCACAAACCCCGCCCCCCUGCCGCCACUGCUCCAGUCACCAAGGAAGAACCCCUCAGUGACCGGGACACCCCCAGCCCCGGGGUCUCCGAGUCCGGCUCCGAAGACGGCACCUAUGAGUGUCCGCACUGCUCCAAGAAGUUCCGCCGCCAGGCUUACCUGAGAAAACACCUGCUGUGCCACGCCUCCGAGGAGCUGAUCUACCCCGAGGAGCGGAGAGCCAAGAGUCCCGGCCCUGUCAACCUCAGCAGCAGCGGAGGAGGAGGAGAGUGUUACCCGUGCCCGGUGUGCGGGGAGACCUUCCCGGGGAAGAGCAGCCAGGAGCGCCACCUCCGCCUCCUCCAUUCCUCCCAGCUCUACCCCUGCAAGUACUGCCCGGCCACCUUCUACAGCUCGCCCGGCCUCACCCGGCACAUCAACAAGUGCCACCCCUCCGAGAACAGGCAAGUCAUCCUCCUCCAGGUGCCAGUGCGCCCAGCCUGCUGACCAGGGACUGGUGGAGGUGCCACCCAGAGGGCAUCACACAAUUUAGUCCCAGCCUAAAGACGCUUAAAAAGGUGCCUCCCAGACAUCAAUGAUGGGCACUCAGCCUAGUCCCAGCUCAAAGACUUUGGAAGGGUUGAAGGUAUCCGUGCCACCAAUAUAUCAGUGAUGGGCACCCAGCCUAAAGACUUUGAGAGUUGAAUGUGCCACCCAGACAUUAAUGGGCACCCAGCUUAGUCCCAGC